UAAACUCUCCUCAAUCUGAGAACAUCACGAUGAACAAAUUACUGUGGAGCUGUGCAGCACUACUCACUCUGUUUGUCGCAGUCAAUUCUCUGAUGUGUAACACCUGCGAUGUGUCGAUCCUCGGAUACUGCGUCGCCACAAAACCUGUAAACUGCUCAGCAGAGCAGAAUGAAUGCUACAGUGGAGUUGCCAAGUUUAGUGCCGACCUGUUGGACAUCCAUGCACGAGGCUGCAUAGCACCAUCUGCAUGCAAAAACGAGACCGCCUCCAUCCUCAGUGUUACUUACACCAUCACCAGGACCUGCUGCUCGACCAACCUGUGCAACGGAGCUGCCUCCAGCCAGCUGCCCCUCCCUGCCGCUCUGUGUGCUGCCCUGGUGGCUGUUUGGAGCCAGUUUUACAAUUAAUCACUGUGGUCCUUUAAUUUCUUCAGUAUGCAUGAGAUAACAUUUGCAGUGGAUCCCUGUGAUCUAUUACACUGGAGGGACACUGGCUGCAUAAUAUAGCUCUUCACAGCUUUGUGUGAUAUAUAUACGUAUAUAUACAAGUGCUUAACAAAUUUGUCAAACCACCACCCCAUGUAAGGUUUAUGUUACAGCUGCCCUAAAUUAACAGCAUUGGUAAUUACCAAAAUCAUUUUUU